UGGGAAAUCUUUGUUUUUUUCUGCUUGUUCGCUUGCUUUCGGGUAAAGGCUGAUUUUCCUACCAAAAACUAGAACAAUUUCAUUGAAAAUAUACAUUCGUUUGUAACAAUUGUCGUGGGAUGUUUGUGAAACUGGUAAUGAAAGAGUGCAAACAAAGUUUAAAGUAAGGUGCCGUAGGAAAAACCGUUGAGAGAAAUUUUUCUCAGUGAAAGUGGCGCGUGUGUUCGUCGUCGCUUGUAGGAAGUGGAGCAUUCGCUGGUGAACUAUUUAUGUUUUCUGCUAGAUUUCCCUGGUGCAUCUUCCCUCGUCGGAUGCAUGUAUCGAAGGUGCCGCUUAACGCAUAUGGGUCUGUGAAAAAUCAAUAACACAAUCACACCUCCAGUUCUCCCACUGCGGUGCAUUGGUUGAAGCCUGACGAAGGAAUUAAGCAAAGUAAAAAAAGAAACAGUUUGUUUUCAUCUGAGGAGGUGAUAAUUUUGAUAACAAACAUCCAGUCCAUCACAUCCCUCACUCCGAGACGCUCGACUCCCUAUCCGCUGUGGAACACAGGUCAGCGUUAUCCAAACGGACGGAUUAUCAUUCAGGAAGACGAACCAUUUCUUUCCUUCGCAAAGUGCGUAAAGACACACACACACAAUGAAGCCGUACGACAAUGGCACAUUCGCACCACGACAUUUUGUUUCCGAAUGGGAGGACAACGUAGUGUUUGAUGCGGACGAUCCUGACUUUUCCGUCGGAGGUGCCGGUGCGACGAACGUAUUAAUGCGUUCAACAACCGGAUCGCAGCAGCUGGCCCGGCAACUUGUAUCCACAAACCUGACACGAUCGGUUACUACCUACUACGGGCUUAACUCUGCCUCGGUUGUGUCGAAUUUGAACCAACUAAUGAAAGUAUCUUCGAGUGCAAAGCUAUCAGCAAUCAGUAACAGCAGCAGUAUGUCGGUGGCCAGCGUACAAGCACCUCAUCUAGCGGAUUUGUGCAGCUCACUGAGUCGUACCAGUUUGAGCAUGUCGUCGUCACUGUCGGAUCUAGUCGGCAGCCCAUCGCUUGGUGCCGUGUUCGACUUCCACUCGUCGGAUGCAGUGCUAACGAUCGAGGAACUGCGCGAGCAGCUUGGCUCAUGCUAUACCUGCGGUGUGUCCUGGACCGAGGAUCAGGUAUCGCUCGAUUGCAGUGAAUGCGGUGGCUACAGCCUAGAGCGACCGUGCCUUAUCUGCGAAGGCAUCUGCGGUCAGCUGUGGAAGCGUGAUUUCACCAUGAGCCACGCCUGCGGUAAAUCACGCUGGCAGGGUGUGUGCACCAAGUUCCCGGCACAGAUGAUUCAGCUGCAGUCAUCCGCACCGCUCAGCAGUUGUGCCAGUUUCGGUAGCCAUCAUCAGCUUACCGGUUGUGCUGCGGCUGCCAACAAUGGUGCCAGCACCGCCAGCCAGCAACAUUUCCUACAGCAAGAACUAUGCGCCCGGCUCGAGAAGCUUUCCGCGAAUGCGCAUUCGUAAAGUGUUGGGGUCCGGUCCUUUCCGGUAUACGGUUCCGGAUUGCACAAUUUGCAGGCUUCUUAGGUGUUAAAGCAGGAAGAAGAUAUACCCCCCGACGGAGGCAUCCGUUAGAUGGUAGUAACCUCUUCAGUUUAGCGUAGCAUUAUUUUCCUCGAAUAGUGAAUGUUGGAAUGUUCCGCUUUCAAGACUUCACCAACGUGCAUAUGAGUUCCUACUGAUAUUGAUUAUCAACUGGCAUUGUAACACACAGCGGAAGAGUAAGAGAGACAGAGGAAUAUAGGGAAAACGCAUGCUUAACAUAGUCAAAAUGGUUUGAAAUCGCAUUUGAUGUAUAAUACUGUAUCCUGCUUUUGAUUGAUUUCCUCAGACCGUUCGGACGUACAAGAUUUCAUCACUAAGGCACCUUUUUUCGAACGUUUUAAUGUGCAGCCAAUAUCAGAUAGCUUCAUCCAAAAUUAUUAGUCAAACAUCAUUGCACCCCUUCUAAACCAUGUGAUAGAAUUCGCUCAAACAAUGAUUAAAAUCAGUGGUGAACCAAAAGUCGAAACAAGAGGAAACUUCUAUCCAUACCAGCAUGUAUCGUACGUUAUUAGCUUAAAUGAGAGGAAUGUUUUUCUGUGAAAAACAUUAAAUUUAUUAUAUCGCUAGGAUAAGGGAAACACCAUAGUGUAAUUGAAUAGGAUGUGCGCGGCUCGACGCAUCAGACACUGAGGCACUAAUUGAAUGUAAACAUUCUAAGAAUUAGAGUUUAUCCGUGGCAGCGGGCAAUGAUUCUCUUUGAAAUUGCUCGACACUACCAAAUUGGCGCUGGAAAGCAGAUAUCUCGGAAACGUAGCGAAAGUAGGGAAGUAAAGUUUGAUAUUAAACGAGUUAUCCAACCGGUCGGGUUUCCGUGGUAACGGGCCACCGUUUACACAGCCCCAAGGAGCAGAGUUCUUAUUUGGUAGUUUAACGUCUAUUUACAUCAGUUGUUGCACUAUCCUGCAACAAACCUAGCAGCUUAACUAGACUUAAGGUGUUCUUAUUAAGAGAGGAACCAUACACGGUCGAAUGUUAUAAUGUUUUGUGUUUAUUUGUGGUUUGAUGAGAUGGAAAAGUAACGGAAUCGGAAAAUCGCAAACAAUAAAACAAACUAUACUAAAA